ACAUAGCUCCUCGAGCUUCGACAGAAAUUUCGUCGCGGGUGCCCGAUCUCCUGUAGUCAGGAAAACGAGAAGCUCGGCGCCCCAAAGAAGUCCUUGACCGAACGCGAACGAUCUAUACACGCACGAUCUAUCGUACGCGGGGGGGGAGAAUCCUUCCGCGAGAUCGUGAGACGAGCACGCGAAUUAAGAGAAGUGAAGUGUUACUUCGAGGUGUCGAGCGCGUGCGCGAGGAACGUCGGUGAGCGGUCUGGGUGUCCUCCGACCAGCAGUGGGUGAUUGUCGGUGUUCCACGACAGUUGAGUGCGACAUCAUCAUUGCCGUGGUCAUCAUCGUCUUCGUCGGCGAGACGAAGUCAAAAAUUCCGGUGUAGUGACAGGAACAUGCCGACCAUGCGAGACCGUGCAUGACCAACCGCUCCAACAUUGAUAAGGGUGCCUUGGACACCGAGUGAACACGCGAGUUACGCACACUCGCGUACGCGUACGCACAUACGAGCGCGUAGAGGUGAGACAGACAGAGAAGACCCGUCGCGUGGAAGCGCGCCGAAGGGAUGGCCGAUAGCGAGGGUGGCUCCGAGCAGGACGACGUAUCAUUCCUUCGUACGGAAGAUAUGGUAUGUCUGUCCUGUACCGCAACAGGAGAAAGAGUCUGUUUGGCAGCCGAGGGUUUUGGUAAUCGACACUGUUUCCUCGAGAAUAUCGCGGACAAGAAUAUACCGCCGGAUCUGUCGCAAUGCGUAUUCGUGAUAGAGCAGGCUCUCUCGGUGAGAGCCUUACAGGAGUUAGUAACAGCUGCCGGUUCCGAGACGCAACAAGACAGUUUAGGAAAAGGUACUGGGUCAGGGCACAGGACUUUGUUAUACGGUAACGCAAUAUUGUUGCGACAUCUAAACAGCGACAUGUAUCUGGCGUGUCUAUCUACAAGUUCAUCGAAUGAUAAACUAGCCUUCGAUGUCGGUUUACAACAACAUUCGCACGGUGAAGCGUGUUGGUGGACUGUACACCCUGCUUCCAAGCAGAGAUCCGAGGGUGAGAAAGUGCGUGUGGGUGACGAUCUUAUUUUGGUAUCUGUCGCUACCGAGCGCUAUUUGCAUACGACGAAAGAAAACGAUUUAUCGGUGGUUAAUGCAUCUUUUCAUGUAACUCAUUGGUCCGUACAACCUUACGGUACUGGUAUUAGCAGAAUGAAAUAUGUUGGUUUUGUAUUUGGAGGUGAUGUGUUACGGUUCUUUCAUGGUGGUGACGAGUGUUUGACGAUUCCAUCGACUUGGAGUCCAGCACCUAGUCAAAAUCUCGUAAUCUAUGAAGGCGGUAGUGUAAUGAGUCAAGCGAGAUCACUAUGGAGACUAGAGCUCGCCAGGACAAAAUGGGCAGGUGGCUUUAUUAAUUGGUUACAUCCUAUGAGGAUCAGACACUUGACGACCGGACGUUAUCUCGGUGUGAAGGAGAACAACGAGCUCUAUCUGGUCGAUAGGAAUGAGGCGACGAUCGAAACCUCGACAUUUUGUUUGCGGCAGGAGAAGGAUGAUCAGAAGAUUGUUCUUGAGGACAAAGAUCUGGAAGUCAUCGGAUUGCCGAUCAUUAAAUACGGUGACUCUACUGUUAUUAUGCAACAUGCCACCACGUGCCUCUGGGUAUCUUAUAAGUCAUAUGAGACGAAAAAAAAGGGAGUCGGAAAAGUCGAAGAAAAGCAAGCAGUACUCCACGAAGAAGGUAAAAUGGAUGAUGGUUUAGAUUUCUCUAGAUCUCAAGAAGAAGAAUCUCGUACUGCCCGCGUCAUCAGAAAGUGCAGCAGCGUAUUUACUCAAUUUAUCACAGGCCUAGAAACACUGCAAGUGAACAGACGAGCAUCCAUGUUUUUUCAAAACGUAAAUCUUAAUGAGAUGGUAAUGUGUCUUGAAGACUUGAUCAAUUAUUUUGCUCAACCCGAGGAUGAUAUGGAACACGAAGAGAAACAGAACAAAUUCCGAGCUCUUAGAAAUCGUCAGGAUCUCUUUCAAGAGGAAGGCAUACUGAAUUUAAUUCUCGAAGCUAUCGAUAAAAUUAACGUGAUUACUUCACAAGGUUUUCUCGUUGCUCUUUCCGGUGAUGAGAGCGGCCAAGCCUGGGAUCAAAUAUCUGGAUAUCUUUACCAAUUACUGGCGGCUAUUAUCAAGGGUAAUCAUACCAACUGCGCCCAGUUUGCUAAUAGCAAUCGUCUCAAUUGGUUGUUCAGCCGACUGGGUUCACAGGCUUCCAGCGAAGGAACUGGAAUGUUGGAUGUACUUCAUUGUGUCCUGAUUGAUUCGCCAGAAGUUUUAAACAUGAUGAGGGACGAACACAUAAAAGUAAUUAUUUCUUUACUAGAGAAACACGGCAGAGAUCCGAAGGUUUUGGAUGUUUUAUGCUCACUAUGCGUUGGUAAUGGCGUUGCAGUGCGUUCUUCGCAGAACAAUAUUUGCGACUUUUUAUUGCCUGGAAAGAAUCUGCUUCUUCAGACACAACUGGUGGAUCAUGUGGCCAGUGUUAGACCGAAUAUAUUCGUUGGCAGAGUGGAGGGUUCGGCUCUUUAUCAAAAAUGGUAUUUCGAAGUAACUGUGGAUCAUAUUGAACAGACGACGCAUAUGAUGCCGCACUUGAGAAUCGGAUGGGCAAAUACUGCUGGUUACAUGCCGUAUCCUGGUGGUGGCGAAAAAUGGGGUGGAAACGGCGUUGGCGAUGAUUUAUAUUCGUUCGGAUUUGACGGCGCUUAUUUAUGGACCGGUGGCAGGAAAACGCAGGUCGUUCAAGACGCCACGGAACCUUAUAUCAGGAAGAGCGAUGUAAUCGGCUGCGCUUUAGAUUUAACAGUGCCGGUGAUAACGUUCACUUUCAAUGGCAAUCGUAUCAUGGGCUCCUUCCGUAACUUCAAUUUAGACGGCAUGUUUUUCCCCGCCAUUAGCUGCUCGUCUAAACUUUCCUGCAGGUUUCUACUGGGUGGCGAUCACGGCCGAUUAAAGUUCCAGCCGAUGGAGGAAUUCUCGCCGUUAGUGGAGAGUCUAUUGCCGCAGCAAAUCCUGUCCUUAGAUCCGUGCUUUUAUUUCGGUAACAUGAACAAAGUGGUUCUAGCAGGUCCAUGGUUGGUCGAGGACGACACUGCCUUCGUUCCGGCUCCAGUUGACACAUCCAUGGUCAACUUGCCCGCUUACGUCGAGCAGAUCAGAGAUAAACUUGCAGAAAAUAUCCACGAGAUGUGGGCGAUGAAUAAAAUCGAGGCCGGUUGGAUUUAUGGCGAGGUCAGGGACGACUUAAGGAAAAUACAUCCUUGCAUAGUUCAAUUCGAACGACUGCCGGCCGCAGAAAAGCGCUACGAUACUCAGCUGGCUGUGCAGACCCUGAAGACUAUCUUGGCUCUGGGUUAUUACAUCACAAUGGAUAAGCCACCGUCUCGAAUCAAGACCUUAAGGUUGCCAAACGAACCGUUUCUGCAAAGCAGCGGAUAUAAACCGGCACCACUUGACCUGUCAGCAAUCACGUUGACCCCCAAGAUGGAAGAACUUGUUGAUCAACUUGCGGAAAAUACGCAUAAUCUCUGGGCGAAAGAAAGAAUUAGUCAAGGAUGGACGUACGGCUUAAACGAAGACUCGGAGAUGAGAAGAAGUCCUCACUUGGUACCAUAUCUGAAAGUCGAUGAAGCUAUCAAGAAAGCCAAUCGGGAUACAGCCAGUGAAACUGUCAGGACUUUAUUAGUCUAUGGAUACAUGCUUGAUCCACCCACCGGAGAACAGCAUGAAGCAUUACUUUUGGAGGCCAGCAAAUUACGUCAACAAUCCUUCAGGACUUACAGGGUCGAGAAACAUUACGCGGUUAGCAACGGAAAAUGGUAUUUCGAGUUUGAAGUUCUCACAGCCGGGCCGAUGCGCGUUGGUUGGGCAAAAGCCGAUUGCACACCUGGAAAUAUGCUUGGCAGUGACGAAAAUACUUGGGCAUUCGAUGGUUACAACGUGACUAAAGUACACGCUGGCACCCACGAGUCAUUUGGUCACAGAUAUCAAGUGGGAGACAUAGUUGGAUGUUUCAUUGACGUGGCAGACCGAACGAUCAGCUUCUCCUUGAAUGGAGAAUUGCUGAUGGAUGCACUCGGUGGCGAAACUUCUUUCGCCGAUGUACAAGGCGAAUCUUUCGUGCCUGCGUUCACUCUUGGCGUCGGCCAAAAGGCAAAAUUAACAUUCGGUCAAGAUGUGAAUACUCUAAAAUUUUUCACUACAUGCGGUUUACAAGAGGGUUACGAACCAUUCUGUGUAAACAUGAAUCGUCUAGUCACAUAUUGGUAUACGAAAGAUCAGCCUAUAUUCGAGAAUACCGAUGAUAUGGCUGAUACGCGAAUCGACGUGGCUAGAAUACCAGCUGGAUCUGAUACACCACCGUGUCUAAAAAUCUCUCAUAAUACAUUCGAGACAAUGGAAAAGGCUAACUGGGAAUUCCUCAGAUUAUCGCUACCUGUAAUUUGCCAAUCCAAUUUCAUAACGGAGGGUGAGAAAUUACGAAGAUGGCAGGAGAUCAAAAUGCGACAGAAUAAACUUUUAGCCGAGCAAAUCGAACAAGGACAACAAGCUGCACCGUCGGCUCAUUUGGAGCAAAUCAUGAAAUCUGGCUUCAGUAUGAGCGAUAUCAAAGGCCUGCAGAGAAAUUACUCAGAGGAUGCAGCCGAGGCAGAUGAGAUGCUGAAGGAAUCGCCGCUUCCUAUGCAAAGAGGCAAACCUGCCAGGCCGCCCAGGAAAGGUUCUCUUUAUGGAUCGCGUAAUCUAGAAAAUGCGGUUAGCGAUGCUGAAAUGAAUGGAUAUGGCGAGAUGAAUGGUGACGUAAAGGACGAGAAGAAGAAACGUGGUCGAUCACCUUUUCGCAAGCUUAGCAAAGAGAUGGAGGACGUACCGUUCUUCUCGCGCAAAGCAAAAUCUCCGGAUGCAAAAUCGAAAACACCUGAGCCGCAAGUUCGCUCGGAUAUCUCUGAUAAAAGUACGAGAACACUCGGAAGUAAAAGUGCCAAAACUCCUCAAAUUCGUGUUUCAACUACGGACUUGAAAGUCGUACCGCCUCAAAUCCCGGACCGUAGCGUUCCCAAGACAAUGUCUGUGUUAACCGGAAGCGGCGUCGAAGCGAUCGGCAAUGAAAUCUUCGAUGCUGAAUGCAUGAAAUUAAUGAAUGAGUAUUUUUACGGCGUUAGGAUAUUUCCUGGCCAGGAUCCAACUCACGUUUACAUUGGCUGGGUUACUUCGCAGUAUCAUCUGCAUACAAAAGACUUCAAUUUAUCUCGCGUAAGAAAAGCUUCCGUUGCCAUCAUGGACGACUACGACCGUCUCGUAGACCAAGUCGACAGACAAAGCUGUUACAUGGUUCGAGCGGACGAAUUAUACAACGAAGUCACACAGGAUGCAUCUGGCAAGGGUGCAUCUCAGGGUAUGUUCGUCGGGUGUUUCGUUGAUAUCGCCACAGGCUGGGUAUCCUUCACCUGCGAAGGCAAGGAAACGAGUCACAAGUUCAAGAUGGAACCGGACACGAAGCUGUUCCCGGCGAUCUUCGUCGAGGCUACCAGCAAAGAGAUCCUGCAGAUCGAGCUCGGCAGGACCUCAACGACACUUCCGCUCUCGGCCGCAGUGUUGCAAAAUUCCGAACGACACGUGAUACCGCAAUUCCCGCCUAGAUUGAAAGUGCAAUGCUUGAAACCUCACCAAUGGGCCAGAGUGCCGAAUCAGUCACUUCAAGUACACGCCCUAAAACUAUCCGACAUCAGAGGCUGGUCGAUGCUAUGCGAAGACGCUAUCUCGAUGCUGGCUCUUCAUAUACCUGAAGAGGACAGAUGCAUCGAUAUUCUGGAGCUUAUCGAAAUGGAUAAGCUGCUCAGUUUCCACGCGCAUACAUUGACGUUGUAUGCAGCCCUGUGCUAUCAAUCUAAUUACCGAGCGGCGCAUGUUUUGUGUCAACAUGUGGAUCAGAAACAAUUAUUAUACGCGAUACGAGCCGAAUAUAUGUCCGGACCCCUGCGACAAGGAUUUUACGAUUUACUUAUCGCCUUGCAUCUCGAAUCACAUGCGACAACGAUGGAAGUGGGCAAAAACGAAUAUAUAAUUCCGCUUGGUCAAGAACUGAAGGAUUUAUAUGAAAAUUCCGAGAUGAGGCAUAGUCUCAGAUAUUUGGAGACCGAAUCCAUUCGACCACAAAUGAAAAUGACAGAGAUCAGGAAUGUUCCUUCUAGUGAUCAAGCAAUUGAGAACAUAAAGAACUUAUACAGCCCGUAUUUUCCACUUGAUGUCGUGCGAGAUUACGUGAUGAUGGCGCUUAACCAGGCUGUCGAAGUUAAUCAAGUGCACAACCGAGAUCCGAUCGGAGGCAGCAACGAGAAUCUCUUUUUACCUCUUCUGAAGCUGGUAGAUAGAUUACUCUUAGUAGGCAUGUUGAGGAACGAGGAUGUAAUCAAGCUGCUCAUCAUGAUAAAUCCCGAGACUUGGGACCCGACUUUCGAUAAAGAAGGUAAAGAUGAACAUAAGAAAGGCUUGUUACAUAUGAAAAUGGCCGAGGGAGCGAAACUACAAAUGUGCUAUCUGCUUCAUCAUUUGAACGAUAUUCAGUUACGUCAUCGUGUCGAAUCUAUUAUUUCCUUCGCCUAUGACUUCGUCGGAGAAUUGCAGACCGAUCAGUUACGACGUUACAUCGAUAUCAAGCAAUCGGAUUUACCAUCAGCUGUCGCUGCCAAGAAGACCAGGGAAUAUAGAUGUCCUCCGCGCGAACAGAUGAAUGCCAUUUUGAGCUUCAAGAAUUUAGAUGAGGAGGAUCCGGAAAAUUGGCCUUGUGGCGAGGAGCUCAUUGGAAAGAUGAAUGAAUUUCACAGUGAAUUGAUGUCCUAUGUGUCUUUGAAUGCUCUUCAAGAAGCAGCCAAUGCUGCCGAUGAACCAGCCGAGGAAGUUCAAAAACCUGGUGCCAUGAAACGUCUCUUCAACUUCAUCAAUGCCGUCAAAGAGCUCGAGGAAGAACCUAAACCUGAACCUGAACCUGUGAAAAAGACUCCCGAAGAGGUGUUUCGAAAAGUGUUGAUAUCAACUAUUGUGAGUUGGGCCGAAGAAUCACAAAUCGAGACGCCGAAACUUGUGCGAGAAAUGUUUAGCUUAUUAGUCAGACAAUACGAUACAGUCGGCGAAUUAAUCAGAGCUUUGGAGAAAACUUACGUUGUUAACAACAAAACCAAGGACGAUGUUGCGCUGAUGUGGGUCGGCUUAAGUCAGAUUCGCGCCUUGUUGCCGGUGCAAAUGUCUCAAGAAGAAGAAGCUUUAGUACGAGAGCGAUUGUGGAAGUUGGUGAAUAAUCACACGUUUUUCCAGCAUCCUGAUCUCAUCAGAGUGCUGAGAAUUCACGAAAAUGUAAUGGCUAUCAUGAUGAAUACUUUGGGAAGACGUGCUCAGGCUCAAUCCGAUGCUCAAACUCAGGCUCAAGCAACUGAGGGAGAACCGACAUCGAAAGAAAAGGAUACCUCUCACGAGAUGGUCGUAGCCUGCUGCAGAUUUUUGUGUUAUUUCUGUCGUACAUCCAGACAAAAUCAGAAAGCCAUGUUCGAUCAUUUUGAUUUCCUGCUAGAAAAUAGCAAUAUCUUAUUGGCUAGACCUUCACUACGAGGAUCGACGCCUUUGGAUGUAGCUUAUUCAUCGUUAAUGGAAAAUACCGAGUUAGCUCUGGCUUUAAGAGAACAUUAUCUAGAAAAGAUCGCUAUUUAUUUAUCACGGUGCGGCCUGCAAUCUAAUUCAGAAUUAGUGGAAAAAGGCUAUCCCGACUUGGGUUGGGAUCCUGUGGAAGGUGAACGUUACCUUGAUUUCUUGAGAUUCUGUGUAUGGGUCAAUGGUGAAAGUGUGGAGGAGAAUGCAAACUUGAUAAUCCGUCUGCUAAUCAGAAGACCAGAAUGUUUAGGUCCUGCCCUUCGAGGAGAGGGUGAAGGUCUAUUAAGAGCCAUCAUAGAAGCUAACAAGAUGUCCGAACGUAUUGCUGAUAGACGAAAAUAUCUCGCACAGGUACAUGAUGAAGCUGAAGGCACAGCUAUGAUGAUGCAAUUCGAGCAUCCACUUCCGGAGUCAGAUGACGAUGAAGAUUAUAUAGAUACAGGCGCGGCGAUUCUAAAUUUCUAUUGUACCCUUGUCGAUCUAUUAGGUCGCUGUGCUCCAGAUUCUUCUGUCAUAGAGCAAGAGGCCUCGACAAAGUCAGUUGGAAAGAACGAAUCUCUACGAGCCCGGGCAAUUUUGAGAUCUUUAGUACCAUUGGACGAUCUUCAGGGUGUGUUGUCUCUGCGAUUUACAUUACUGAAUCCUGCUGCUGGCGAGGAACGACCGAAAAGCGAUAUGCCGUCUGGUUUGAUACCAGGCCACAAACAAAGCGUUGUAUUAUUCUUGGAAUGUGUUUACGGUAUCGAAACGCAGGAAUUAUUCUAUAAAAUAUUGGAAGAAGCUUUCUUACCAGAUCUUCGUGCCGCUACUAUGCUUGAUAGAAAUGAUGGAUACGAAUCUGAUAUGGCACUCGCUAUGAAUCGCUACAUAGGAAACAGCAUUCUGCCGCUGCUAAUCAAACAUUCGAAAUUCUAUAAUGAGGCAGAUAAUUAUGCGAGUUUACUCGAUGCUACGUUGCACACGGUUUAUAGACUCAGCAAGAAUCGAAUGCUGACGAAAGGACAGAGAGAAGCUGUCUCGGAUUUCCUCGUCGCGUUGACUAGCCAGAUGCAGCCGAGCAUGUUAUUGAAAUUAUUGCGAAAACUAACUGUCGACGUGUCAAAAUUGUCGGAGUACACUACUGUUGCUCUCAGAUUAUUAACGUUGCAUUAUGACCGUUGCGCGAAAUAUUAUGGCUCCACCGGCUCUGGUGGUCAAGGCACGUACGGCGCAUCGAGCGACGAAGAGAAACGCCUCACGAUGGUUCUCUUUAGUAAUAUUUUCGAUUCUUUAUCCAAGAUGGAUUACGACCCAGAACUUUUCGGAAAAGCUCUGCCAUGCUUGACGGCUAUCGGUUGUGCCUUGCCGCCAGAUUAUUCUUUGUCAAAAAAUUAUGACGACGAGUGGUAUGGCAGCAAGUCGGCCUCGGCGCAAUCACCUGAUGGGCCUUACAAUCCGCAACCAAUCAAUACGUCGAGCGUGGUGCUUAAUAACGAUCUUAAUCAAAUAGUACAAAAGUUUUCCGAACAUUAUCACGACGCUUGGGCUAGUCGUAAAUUAGAAAAUGGAUGGACUUACGGUGAUCAAUGGUCGGAUGUGAAUAAAACUCAUCCAAGAUUAAAGCCGUAUAAUAUGUUAAGCGAUUAUGAACGAGAACGAUAUAAAGAACCUGUUAGAGAGAGUUUGAAAGCUCUUUUGGCGAUUGGUUGGAAUAUAGAACAUGCAGAAGUCGAUGUACCGUCGACCAAUCGCAGUUCUAUGAGAAGAUCUUCUAAAAGUCAAGGUGAUUCGGCGAGUCCGUUUAAUUAUAAUCCUCACCCGGUGGACAUGACUAAUUUGACCCUAAGCAGAGAAAUGCAAAAUAUGGCCGAACGUUUAGCGGAUAAUGCUCACGAUAUUUGGGCGAAGAAGAAGAAAGAAGAGCUCAUUACUUGUGGAGGCGGCAUUCACCCUCAGUUAGUUCCCUACGAUUUAUUGACUGAUAAAGAGAAGCGAAAAGAUCGCGAGCGAUCGCAAGAGUUUCUCAAAUAUCUACAGUAUCAAGGUUACAAGCUUCACAAACCUAAUCGUGGCGGUACCGAAACUGAAGUGGCUGGCGCCGCUGCUUCAGUAGAAUUAAGAUUCGCUUAUUCACUGUUGGAGAAACUAAUAGCUUAUCUGGAUAAGGCGACGAUUAAUAUGAAACUCCUGAAACCCUCUGAUACAUUUAGCCGAAGAAAUAGCUUUAAAACCUCCACAAGAGACAUUAAAUUCUUCAGUAAAGUAGUUUUGCCGUUGAUGGAGAAGUACUUUAGCACACAUAGAAAUUAUUUCAUCGCAGUAGCUACCGCCACGAAUAAUGUCGGCGCAGCGUCCUUGAAGGAAAAAGAGAUGGUGGCCUCUCUUUUCUGUAAAUUAGCGAGUUUGCUAAGAUCGAGACUCGCCGCCUUUGGUGCAGACGUGAGGAUAACAGUUCGUUGUCUACAAGUGCUCGUGAAAGGCAUAGAUGCCAAGAGUCUCGUGAAAAACUGUCCAGAGUUUAUUAGAACGUCCAUGUUGACUUUUUUCAACAAUACCGCCGACGAUUUGGGCCAUACGAUCCUGAAUCUUCAAGAGGGGAAAUACAGUCAUCUCAGAGGCACUCAUUUGAAAACGUCCACAUCAUUAUCGUACAUUAAUAGCGUCGUUUUGCCAGUGCUUACUGCAAUGUUCGACCAUCUUGCUGCGUGCGAAUAUGGCAGCGAUUUGUUACUCGAUGAAAUUCAAGUAGCAUCGUACAAAAUGCUGGCGUCUUUAUACACUCUCGGAACAGACGCUAGUUUAACGCACGAGCGAAAGUACCUGAAGACUGAGAUCGACCGACAUAAACCGAAUCUGGGUUCUUGUCUGGGUGCCUUUUCGAGUUGUUUCCCGGUAGCCUUCUUAGAACCGCAUUUAAAUAAGCACAAUCAAUAUUCCCUCCUGAAUCGAAUCGCAGAUCAUUCUCUGGAAGCUCAAGAUAUUAUGACGAAGAUGGAAUCAAGUAUGCCAACCUUGGAGACGAUUCUCACCGAGGUGGAUCAAUUUGUUGAAUCUGACAAGACUUACAACGACGCUCCUCACAUCGUCGACGUAAUUCUACCAUUGUUAUGCUCCUAUUUGCCUUUCUGGUGGGCCCAAGGGCCUGAUAACGUGAAUCCAACUGAAGGUACUUAUGUCAGUAUGAUUACUAGCGAUCACAUGAAUCAGUUGUUGAAAAAUGUGUUGAAGCUAAUCAAAAAGAAUAUUGGCAACGAAAAUGCCCCGUGGAUGACGCGCAUCGCUGCCUAUACACAACAAAUCAUCAUCAACUCGUCUGAAGAAUUGCUGAAGGACCCGUUCUUGCCUCUCGCCGAACGUGUCAGGAAGCGAACGGAUACCAUGUUUCAUAAAGAAGAGUCUCUUCGUGGUUUUAUCAAAUCCUCGACCGAUGAUACAUCACAAGUUGAGGCGCAGAUACAGGAAGAUUGGCAGCUAUUGGUUCGCGAUAUCUAUUCAUUCUAUCCUCUGUUGAUAAAGUAUGUCGAUCUUCAGAGAAAUCAUUGGUUGAGGAACAAUAUUUCUGAGGCCGAGGAUCUAUAUAAUCACGUAGCAGCCAUAUUUAAUAUCUGGUCCAAGUCGCAAUAUUUCUUACGUGAAGAACAAAAUUUUAUAUCUGCGAACGAGAUCGAUAAUAUGGUGCUCAUCAUGCCUACUGCAACCAGAAGACCUGCUGCAGUAUCUGAUGGCAGCGCGCCCUCCGGAGGAAGCAAGAAAAAGAAAAAACAUCGUGACAAAAAAAGAGACAAGGACAAGGAAGUGCAAGCAUCCUUGAUGGUGGCGUGUCUAAAGCGAUUGCUACCUGUCGGCUUGAAUCUGUUUGCCGGUCGCGAACAGGAGUUGGUACAGCAUUGCAAAGACAGAUUCUUAAAGAAGAUGCAGGAGCAAGAGAUCGCGGAAUUUGCCAAAACUCAAUUAACAUUGCCGGAUAAAAUCGAUCCUGCCGACGAGAUGUCUUGGCAGCAUUAUUUAUAUUCUAAAUUAGGUCAGAAGAAAGAUGCGCUAGAGCCUUCUACGAAGGCUCAACAAUUGGAGGAUGUCGUCGCUAGAAUUACCGAUAUGGCGAAAGUUUUGUUCGGUUUACACAUGAUUGAUCAUCCACAACAGCAGAGCAAGAGUCAAUAUCGAUCCGUGGUAUCGAUCCAACGUAAACGAGCGGUAAUCGCUUGCUUCCGCCAAAUUUCCCUACAUUCCUUGCCCAGGCAUCGUGCAAUAAACAUUUUUGCACGAACAUAUUAUGAAACGUGGCUACAAGAAGAAAAUGUCGGUCAAGAAGUAAUGAUCGAGGAUCUUACGCAAUCAUUCGAAGAUGCUGAAUUGAACAAAACGGAAUCUGAGGAUGAAGGCAAGCCAGAUCCAUUGACACAAUUGGUGACAACAUUCUGUCGCGGUGCAAUGACUGAACGGUCAGGUGCGCUUCAAGAAGAUCCGCUUUAUAUGAGUUAUGCACAUAUCAUUUCCAAAUCUUGCGGAGAGGAAGAGGAAGAAGGUGAAGAAGAAGGUGAUGGCGGUGGUGGCAGCGAAGAAGAAGGUGGAGCUUCGAUCCAUAAGCUGACACGUAAGCUACUUAUGAGGCCCAUGCAUAAAUUAAUGGAGCAAGAGAUGGAAAAACAGAAGCUUUUGUUCCAUCAAGCUCGCCUAGCGAAUCGCGGUGUCGCAGAGAUGGUUCUCUUACACAUAUCAGCGUGCAAGGGUGUUCCCAGUGAUAUGGUAAUAAAAACUCUGGAACUUGGAAUUUCGAUUCUGCGUGGCGGCAAUAUCGAAAUUCAGCGAGGAAUGCUGAAUCAUCUCAAGGAGAAGAAGGACGUCGGUUUUUUCACAUCCAUCGCGGGUCUAAUGAACUCUUGCAGCGUAUUGGAUUUGGACGCUUUCGAGAGGAAUACAAAGGCUGAAGGACUCGGUGUCGGUUCUGAAGGUGCAGCCGGCGAAAAGAAUAUGCACGAUGCUGAAUUCACUUGUGCUCUAUUCCGGUUUAUCCAACUCACUUGCGAGGGUCAUAAUCUCGAUUGGCAAAACUACCUCAGAACACAGGCUGGUAAUACAACUACAGUGAAUGUCGUUAUAUGUACCGUUGAUUACUUGCUGCGACUGCAGGAAUCGAUCAUGGAUUUCUACUGGCAUUAUUCGAGCAAGGAACUUAUCGAUCCUGCCGGCAAAGCAAAUUUCUUCAAGGCUAUCGGUGUCGCCAGUCAAGUUUUCAACACACUCACAGAAGUUAUUCAAGGUCCAUGCGCGCAAAAUCAACAAGCUUUAGCGCAUUCGAGAUUGUGGGAUGCGGUUGGAGGUUUUCUUUUCUUAUUCUCGCACAUGCAGGACAAAUUGUCGAAGCAUUCUAGCCAAGUAGAUCUUCUCAAAGAAUUAUUGAAUUUGCAGAAGGAUAUGAUUACCAUGAUGCUUUCCAUGCUUGAAGGCAACGUGGUGAACGGAACAAUCGGAAAACAGAUGGUAGAUACCUUGGUCGAAUCAGCAAGUAACGUGGAAUUGAUCUUGAAAUACUUCGACAUGUUCUUAAAAUUGAAAGAUCUGGUAUCAUCGCCAAGUUUCUUAGAAGUUGAUUUUAACAACGACGGCUGGGUGUAUCCUAAGGAUUUCAAGGAGAAAAUGGAGCAACAGAAGAGUUAUACCAACGAAGAGAUUGAAUUUCUUCUGGCCUGUUGCGAGACAAAUCACGAUGGCAAGAUCGAUUACGUCGCUUUUAUGGAUCGCUUCCACGAACCAGCAAAAGAGAUCGGUUUUAAUCUUGCCGUAUUGCUUACUAAUCUGUCCGAGCAUAUGCCUAACGAGCCGAGAUUAGCUAGAUUUUUGGAGACAGCUGGUUCAGUCUUGAAUUAUUUCGAGCCAUUCUUAGGCAGAAUCGAGAUCCUCGGUGGCAAUAAAAAGAUCGAGCGUGUGUACUUCGAGAUCAAGGAAUCGAACAUUGAGCAGUGGGAAAAACCGCAGAUCAAGGAAUCAAAGAGAAUAUAUUUCUACAAUACAGUGGUCGAAGCCGGUGAAAAGGAGAAACUCGAGACCUUCAUCAAUUUCUGCGAGGACGCCAUUUUUGAGAUGCAGCACGCGAGUGCGUUAAUGACUGUCGAGGAAAGCGGUGGCAUCGGCAAAGCAAGGGAGUCCUCGUACACGUACUUGACCGAGGACGAUGAAGAGAGAAAUAAAGAUCCGAUCAGACGAGGUAUACAAGCCUUCAAAGACGGCAUCUACUACUGCUUCUACUUGUUCUCGCCGACCAAUAUUAAAAACAAGAUUGCCGAGAUGCAGCAGAUGACGAUUCCCGAGCUCUUUAUCGGCUUUUUCAAAAUGAUCUUUUACGCCUUCUAUUAUUCCGGCUUUGGCAUCGGCUGCGUAAUCAAAUACUUUAUGGGUCUUUUGUUGACGUUAAUGAGAGGACCACGAUUAGAGGAGCCUGUUGCCAUCAAGGAGGAGGAGGAGAAACCGUCCAGACUUUUACCCGCUUUGCCACCAACACCAGAUGAAUCGAAUCUACAGGUGCAAGCUUUCGGAAUGGAUAUAACGAAAGAGGAAGGAGGACAAAUAAGAAUAGCACCGCAUGAAUCGAGCACUUCUACGCCACAAUCUAGUAUCGAAGAGACGGGCGAAAGCACACCUGACGAAGGCACCGGUGAAGAGGGAGCGACAGCUGAAGGAGGAGAGAGUGAAGCACCUGUCACUUUAGCCGAUUUGCUUGGCGGAGAACAAGCUAGGGCUCAAGCUGCCGCAGCGGCCGAAGCAGCAGCAGCUCAACAAGCAGCCAUGGCAGCGGUUGAAGCCGAAGCAAAGCAAGAACCCUCAGUCGAACCUUCUACAGGAUCAAGUAUCGAUUUAUCCGAUUACAGCCACCGCGUAGUGUCUUUCCUAGCUAGAAAUUUCUACAAUUUGAAAUAUGUUGCAUUGGCUCUCGCCUUCUGUAUCAAUUUUAUGCUGCUCUUUUAUAAGGUUUCGUUUUUGGCUGUGGAUUUGAAUGAAGAAGGUAGUGGUAGAAUAGCAGAUAUCUUGGCAGAAAUGUCGGGCGACGGUCCAUCAGGUUUAGCGGGUAGCGGCGUUGAAAUGGGCAGUGGUAGUGGUGAAUCGGAUGAUUCGGAAGAGGAAGACGAAGACGAUCAGGAAUUCGUGGAAAUGGAUUAUUACUAUAUGGCUCACGUUAUGAGAUUAUUGGCUGCUCUUCAUUCUCUCGUUUCGCUCGCUAUGCUAGUUGCAUAUUAUCACUUGAAGGUUCCAUUAGCUAUCUUCAAACGAGAGAAGGAAAUUGCACGACGAGUAGAAUUCGAUGGAUUAUAUAUAGCCGAAACGCCGGAAGAGGAUGACAUUAAAGCGCAUUGGGACAAAAUGGUAAUAUCAGCGAAAACUUUCCCUGUGAAUUAUUGGGACAAGUUUGUGAAAAAGAAGGUCCGCCAAAAAUAUAGCGAAACAUACGAUUUCGAUUACAUCAGCAAUUUGCUGGGAAUGGAAAAAACUUCUUUCAGUCAACAGGAAGAAGAAGGAUCUGGCUUGAUACAUUUCAUUAUAACUAUCGAUUGGAGAUAUCAAAUUUGGAAAGCCGGUGUCACCAUUACAGAUAACGCGUUUUUGUAUAGUUUGUGGUACUUCGUAUUUUCAAUCCUCGGAAACUACAAUAAUUUCUUUUUCGCUGCGCAUCUAUUGGACGUCGCGGUCGCCGUCAAAACUCUGAGAACGAUUUUACAAUCGGUAACGCAUAACGGCAAGCAACUGGUCUUGACAGUGAUGCUACUGACAAUCGUAGUAUAUAUCUACACCGUGAUAGCUUUCAAUUUCUUUAGAAAAUUCUACAUACAAGAGGAAGACGAUGAAACGGACAAAAAGUGUCAUCAUAUGUUAACGUGCUUUGUUUUCCAUUUGUACAAAGGCGUAAGAGCUGGAGGUGGCAUAGGUGAUGAGAUCGGUGAACCUGAUGGCGACGAUUACGAGGUUUAUCGUAUAAUGUUCGACAUCACAUUCUUCUUCUUUGUGAUCGUUAUUCUAUUAGCUAUCAUUCAAGGUUUGAUCAUCGACGCAUUUGGUGAACUUCGAGACCAGCUCGACAACGUGAAGACGAAUAUGGAGAGUAAUUGCUUCAUAUGUGGCUUAGGGAAGGAAUAUUUCGACGCGGUGCCGCACGGGUUUGAUACUCACGUUCAGCAGGAGCAUAAUUUAGCGAAUUAUAUGUUCUUCCUCAUGCACUUGAUUAACAAACCGGACACCGAAUAUACCGGUCAGGAGACCUACGUGUGGAAUAUGUAUCAACAAAGAUGUUGGGACUUCUUCCCAGUGGGCGACUGCUUCCGCAAGCAGAACGAGACCGUAGAGGAAGAGGCCAAGAAGAAGUAAAAUUAAAAUCUCAUUUCUAAUUAAGAAGUGACCAAUCGAUCGAUUAACCGAUCUCACUUGUCAAAAAGGACUUCUCUCCUUGAACAGCGUCUUCGAUUAUUUUUAGCAUCAAUUUUUGCUCAUUGGACGAGAGUGUAAAGUCAACGUCCGUUCGAAAAAUCAAAUUUUUAAAACUCUACGUCUCUCUUAUCUCAUAUCGACGCGCGAGGAGAGAUUUUACCUCAUAAAAACUUGUGUCUCCCCCCGUUUUCCAUUUCACAAUUUAUUGUUAUUUCAACUAAUUAAUAGAUUGAGUCUAGUGCAUUAAUUAUGUACUGCGUGUGUAAUAAGGAUGUCUGGACGCGGAGAAUUUCGCGCCCGAUGUCGCAUCGCGCGUAUAAAAUUGAAAAUAUUUUUUCAACUUUGUAAAGAUAACUCGAGAACGCGGUACCACCGAUAAUCUUCUCUUUUAGAUAAUCAAUCAAUCGAAAGUUGACAAAAGCUCGAUUUUCUCCAAACGACGAUACAUUAUUGUUGAAUCGACAGAAUCGACUGCACAAAUUUACAUAUUCCUAGCGCUACAAUUGCCUUCUUUUCGUACGUCGGAUCUAUGAUAUCUGUACUUGUGCAUAAUUGGUGCGCUGUAUCGAAGGAUAACAAGUUUGAAAUAUAUGAUAUAGAAAUAUAUGAUAAGUAAGUUGAAGAUAUUCAAAGUUUAUAUAAUGUGCAAAUCUCUCUUUGAUUGCUAUAAGAACGAGAACUUUUUGGACAUUAUUUAUGACUGAGCUCACAGUAUAUAUAUCGGAAAAGAUGUCAAUAUAUUGUAAAUAAAAACAAGAGUAUCUGGUAAUAAAGACAUACUUCUUUACUUCGUUA